AUGGACUUUCAAAGUCGAAGUUCUUUCUCAGAUGACCUCGAGUUCGAAGGGCCCAGCGACCUCAAGGACAUCGAGGCUGAAGCCAAGAAUCUCGCGAGCCUCCGGCGCCAGUGUCGUCCAGCGAGGAGCUCAACCAGGUCGCCGCCAUCGGGUACGCCGAAGAAGGAGGUUCGCUCAACGCUGGGCAGCCCGAAUAACCAGGACCACUGCCUGUCCACCUCUGUGGACCCGACCUCGGAUGAUCACGCUGCCUUUUGCAGCUGCGAAAGCUCUGCAGAUGACGGCCCCCGUGGGCACAGGGCCUCGGAGCUAUCGCUAACUCUGUGCCGCGAUGAGUGCCUCUGGAAGGCAUGGGCGGCGAAAAGAGGCAGCUCACACAAUGAAAAAGCGGACAGAGUCCCAACCUGCCCUGGAAUCCAAGCGCCUGCCGUCUCUGACAACGAGAAGCACGCCGACGGCUCGGAUUGUUCCCCCUCUGCUCGAUAG